CCCUGGCAGCGGCGGGAGUGGAGGCUGGAGUCUAGGGGCAAGGCGAGAUGAAGAAAUACUGUGGACAGAAGGGAGGCGUAAAAGCACUGCUCUGCUCAGCGUACAUGCCAGCAAAUGAAUUAGUGCUAAAGUGGAGUUCGGAAGCAGCAGUUCAUGGGAGCAGUGGAUCUAAUUUGACAAGCUGGAAGAAACGCACUGACACUUCUGACAGCCCUUCUUUUUUUCCCCCCGGUGUCUGAACCUGGCCCCAUUACAUCCACACAGUGUCAUUCCAACAAGCAAGCGUCAACAUGCUGGAACAGGUUGUGUCAUUCGGCCGCUCCCUGGUGCGCAGGAAAGUGGUCGACAUGAACAGCCUGGAGGAAUCAAAGCUGUGCCGCUGCCUGGGAACCGUUGACCUCAUCGCCCUGGGAGUUGGCAGCACUCUGGGCGCCGGCGUCUACGUCCUGGCCGGCGAGGUGGCCAAGGGCGACUCAGGCCCCAGCAUAGUCAUCUCCUUCUUAAUCGCUGCACUAGCCUCCGUCAUGGCCGGCCUUUGCUACGCCGAGUUUGGCGCGCGCGUCCCAAAGACCGGCUCUGCUUACCUUUAUAGCUACGUGACUGUAGGAGAGAUCUGGGCCUUCAUCACUGGCUGGAACCUUAUUCUCUCCUAUGUGAUCGGUACCUCCUCCGUUGCCAGGGCUUGGAGUGGCACAUUUGAUGAAAUGAUAGGCGGGCAUAUAGAGGUAUUCUGUAAGACCUACUUCAGCAUGAACUCUCCUGGUCUGGCUCAGUACCCUGACUUCUUUGCUGUCUGCCUGAUACUGCUGCUUUCUGGACUCCUGUCGUUUGGGGUGAAGGAGUCAGCCUGGGUCAAUAAAGUCUUCACUUCAAUCAACGUGCUCGUACUCUUGUUCGUCAUCAUCUCCGGCUUCGUCAAAGGAGACGCAUACAACUGGGAGAUAUCUGAAGAAUCCCUUAUAAAUGUCACCAUAGUUACAAGGAAUUUGUCGGUGACGGCCAACGUGAGCAGUGAUUAUGGAGUCGGAGGAUUUAUGCCUUUCGGCUUCAGCGGGACCUUAGCUGGAGCUGCCACCUGCUUUUACGCUUUUGUUGGAUUUGACUGCAUCGCAACAACAGGCGAGGAGGUGAGGAACCCUCAGAGAGCCAUUCCCAUCGGCAUCGUGGUGUCACUGACCGUGUGUUUCCUGGCGUACUUUGGCGUGUCAGCCGCGCUCACGCUGAUGAUGCCAUACUAUCUGCUGGACGAGAAGAGCCCUCUGCCCAUGGCCUUUGAAUACGUGGGCUGGGGCCCUGCCAAAUACGUGGUCGCUGCAGGUUCACUGUGUGCCCUCUCCACCAGUCUGCUGGGCUCCAUUUUCCCCAUGCCUCGUGUAAUCUAUGCUAUGGCACAGGAUGGGGUGCUUUUCAAAGUCUUAGCCCGAAUCAAUCCUAAGACGAAGACCCCACUUAUUGCCACUAUGACCUCCGGUGUAGUAGCAGCCAUCAUGGCUUUCCUGUUUGACCUCAAAGCGCUGGUUGACAUGAUGUCCAUUGGAACUCUGUUGGCCUACUCGCUGGUUGCUGCGUGUGUACUGAUUCUCAGGUACCAGCCAGAUUGGGCCCUAGCGCGGCGGGCAGGCACAGGUGAGAGGGACUACCUGUCCUCUGAGGAGGGAGAGUCUGACCUGACGGAGUCGGAGUCCCACCUUAACAUGCUGAAGGGUGGCAGCUCCACCCUGCAGGCCGUCCUGCACCCUCCUGUCUCACCCACUGAGCAUUCCUCCAGCGUGGUCAACAUGUCCAUCUGUGUGCUAGUGCUGGUAGUGUGCACGAUCAGCUAUCUCACCACGUACCACAUCUACGCCGUCCUUCGGAUGGAAGUGUGGAUCUUGGCACUGCUGUCCGGUCUGCUCCUCAUCUUCAGCGGCUGUGUCUUCAUGGUCUGCAGACAACCUCAGACUACCAAGAAGGUCUCCUUCAUGGUUCCCCUUCUGCCCUUUCUGCCCAUUCUGAGCAUAUUUGUCAAUAUUUACCUCAUGGUUCAGCUGAGUGGAGAUACCUGGAUACGUUUCUCUGUGUGGAUGGCUGUGGGCUUCGUGAUCUACUUUGGCUACGGCAUGUGGCACAGUGUCGAGCGCCAACGCAAACUCCAGGGUGCUUUAAACAGCAGCAGCACCGAGGAACCCAACAAGACUGGUAUGGGCGCAGUAGGAAAAGACCAGGAUAGUUUCAUCUGCCCAGAAAAGACCAGCCAGUGUUAAAGUGAAAGACUCUGUGAGGCGACACAGCAACUCUGCCUUGAUGAACCUGUUUAUACAGCUUCGCCUCAGUCACAAGCACAUUCAGCCUGCGAAGGCAGCGCCAGUACUCUGUAUCAGCGACCACAUGAUGAGGAGCCGCUCCAUCACGGUGAUGGAACCAUAUCCUGUAUAGGUCACAUUGCGCUUUAUGGACAGCAUGGAGACAGAAUUUUAAAGGACAGGUAACACACUGGAGAGGGAUGUUCAUUUACUUUCACACUGAAGCAGUCAAUGCGAGACUGCAGCAACGCUUUUCUCUUUCAUUAUGGACUUUUUAGUGCCGGACACACAUUUUGUCUUUUCUAUUAAUCUUUACAUUUUCAGCAGGUUUGUACAAGGUUUGAAAUGUAAAGUCUUGGAAAUCUAUGUUAUACAUUUAAUGGUCCAGGGUAUUAUUAGAUUUUGAUACACCAAUUAUGUACUACUAUUAAAAGUAAUGUUAGUUUGUGGUAGAAGCACUCAUUGUUCUUUGACAUAGGUGUAGGACGCUGAAAUAGGACCAACAUUAGUUUAAAGAUAUGCUGUCAAUCAUGAAGUUGAAUAUAGAGUAUAUUUUAGAACUAUUUGGUGCAUAAUUGUUUUAUAUGCAUACAUGUGAAAUUGUGAUAUAUGUAUAAAAAGAUCAUAAAGACUCAUUUAGCCACAUUUAAACCAAUGUACAAUAUGUGUAAUAGUUUUGUAGGCACUUAACAUGUUAUGACUCGACUAAUGGAAGUAGGCCGAGUGCUGGUGGAGAAUGACAUGUAACAGAUCAUGUCUGCUGUAGUUCUUGAGGUAUCUGUAGUUUUAUUCAGCACAGAUUUACUUUUUUAUUUUUGCUUAGGGAUGUGUUUUAUCUAUGAACUGUUACAAUUUGAAUAUGAAGAUUGUUAUUUGAUACAGAACUCUAGUCAAAAAGUAUUUUUAGUAGUAGUAUUUUUCACUCAGAUUACGACACGCUGUAUUUUACUGAUAUUUUGUGCUAUUUUGAUACAGUUGCAAACAUGCUGUUAAUAUAACCUUCAUGUACUCUGCCACCUAACAUGAAGCACAACAAUUAAUUGCAAGUUAAAGUGUUACUGUGUAUAAAACAAGGUCUGUCUGAGUUGCCACAUGAUUUAGAUGAACUGAGCAUUUUUCCAGGUUUAUUCUCAAUGUGUUGCUUUAGAACCAGCUUAAAGAGACUUUUUUGUGCUAAACUGCA